AUGGUCACUGCAUUAAGUAACAAAAGCUCAGAAGAUUAUAAAAAUCAAAUUAAAAUUGAUAUUUUAGAUGUAAAUUUUACCCAGAAAACUGUUGCUGAUUUUGUUAAUCAUAAAUUAAUUAAUUUUUUUAAUAUAUUGAUGAUACCAACUGAGUUUCUUAAGUCUGAUCCUGAAGAAUGGGAAAAUAUGCCAGAUUAUCAAUUAGGACCAAGUGUGGUUAAAAGUAUGAAAGUUGUCAAUGACUUUGCUGAAAGGGGACUGGCUCUAAUUCAAAAUUAUAAUUCGAUUCUUACAAAAAAUGAAAAUGAAAAACAAUUCCUCUUAUAA